AUGAUAUUGAAUGCAUUGUUAUAUUGUGUCAAUUAUCGGAAGUUGAACGUCAGGUAUGACCCAUGGAAGCAGAGAGGAGUUUGUAUAAUGCCCAACCCAGUUAAAAAGGUGAGAAGAGCAGACAAACUACUCCAGAAGUCGAAGGGACCAGACAACAAGUAAGUUGUAUUGAAGUAAUUUCAGUUUCAGUCAAUUCAGAUACUGCACAUGCAUAAUGUCAAAAUAGGCCUACGUUCUUUGGACAUUUUCAACUAAAAUAUUAGCACACAACUGAUAUCCUGUUUUGACUGGAAUAAAAUGAUUGACCAAAGUGAAACAUUUUCAGGGAAUCACAUGAUCUCAGGAAACUUCUGUCCCUGCUUGCAACUAAUGCUCAAAGACACCAGGUAAGGAAAUCAUAUGAUUCAUGAAUGUAAAACCCUCUAUUUUGUGUUGUACAGUAUGAUGUGAUCAGGUUUGUCUGCCUGACAUUCCAGGUGGCAGCAUUGAGUCAGUCAUGUAAGGUCCGCAACAGUGGAGGAAGAUCCCAGACCACUCUCCAGCUAAAUAAUGCCAGCAAAAAUAGUCAGAUUCACAUAACCUCUGAAGAUCCUGAGCUGGAGAAAUUCUGGUAUAACCCUAAAUAAUGCAUUUUGGAUUCUUUAAAUAUGAUUGAUCAAAUAAUUAACUUUUCUUACACAUCUUCCGUUCUAACAGUGCAACAUACAAAAAUCAACAUUGUUUCAGCAGUCAUCCUCAACAUAAGCUAUUUUUGGAGAUCCUUACCUCUUUGGUCAAGAACAGACUGUGCAGGUAGUCUCAUAUGGUUUCAACAAUUUUUGUGCAGGUGAUGUUGUUGACAAAGGUCUUGUGCUCAGUUGUGUGUGUACUUCCUUUGUAGUAACUGGGUCAACCAUGCACCACCUGAGUCUGUCCUUAGAGUGCUCACCUGCUUACGAUUGCUUAUAAGAGAACCACUUUAUCAGGUAAAACUAAUGGUGGGCGUUAUCUUCCUUCAACUUCAGAUGAUGCAUCAGCGUGGCUUCUUGUAAAAUAGAAAUUACUUGUGCUGCCUUUCUCUUAUGACUUGUUGACAAAAACCUGACAAGCAAGUAGGACAAUUCAACACUGAAUUCAGGUAUAUUUUAAAUUCUCUUCACACCCUCUCUUUUCAGAGAGUUUUUCAUCAACUCCAAGGUGUUGAUCUUCUCGCAAGGGUAAAUGUACUUUAAAUCUAUUUUUAAAACCUUCUAGUCUGACAGUCCUGUGAUGCUUUUUAUCGCUGUCACAUUCUAUCCCUUCCCCUCCCUCUUCAGUACAUGGAGUUGGUGUGCAGCAGUUAUCUGGAGUGUGGAGAGCAGACAUUUGCCAUGGAGAAGUUGGUCACUAUGACAUGUGAGUUAUCAAAUCCCCCCCAAAAGUAGCCUGUAUUUCCCUCAAUGUCCUUCCUUAUCAUUCCUUGUCUCUUCAUUCCUGAAUAGAUAUGUUUCAGAAACUGUCUGCAGUGGAGGACCAAAGGCAGUGGGUUAUUGAGAGGGGAGCUCAUAAGGUAAACAAUUGUACAAAUUGCACUGCCUCAUACAAUAUACUGUAGGAUUGUGUUAAAUGAAGAGCUGUGCUCCUAACUGACUAUUAGUGCAAUGUCUGAUCCUUAUUACUUGUGGAUGGGUUUUAGUUUUUUCUGUCUGGGAAAGUAGUAACUAAUGAGCAUAUAAUGAUAUAAGAUUUCAUGCUCAGACCCUGGUAAAGCUCCUAUCAACGCGUGACAGCAGUGUGUUACUAGGUGCCCUCCUAGCACUCACCUCAUUGUCUGAGAGGUAACUGCUCUUAUAGAGGGACCUUGGGACAUCAUGCAUACUUUUAGUAAAAGUAUAGACUGUAGCUAACACUUAAAUACAUCACUUGAUCUAUCCCCUAGUUCAGAAUGCAAGGAGAAGAUAGGAGAGUUGGCAAUCGUGGAGAACCUUCUUGUUAUACUACAAGAGUAUGACUUACUGUCCAAAAGGUACAGUAUCUAACUUCCUAAUCAGUCACACUCUUUGCGUUAAUCUUUACACAACAAAGUUGCUUAAAAAUAAAGAGUUCGCCUUACACCCCAUCAACAGCAUGACUAUAUCAGUAGCAAUCACAUGUACCUUCCAAUGUCUUGCUUUGAUAUAUGUUUUGCAUAUCCAUUUUUCUUUGUAUUCCUUUCAGGAUGAGUGCAGAGUUGUUGCGUCUGCUUUCCACGGUACGGCAGGUGCGGGAGCAGUUGAGGGAGUGCGAGGGCCUGCCGGUGCUGCUCAGCCUGCUGCACGGGGAGCACCUGAAGCUGCUGUGGAGCAUAGUGUGGGUCCUGGUCCAGCUGUGUGAGGAGCCAGACACCAGUGCUGAGAUACGCACCUGGGGAGGGGUGCAACAGGUGCUCCGCAUCCUCAACAGGUGAGAGGCUACCUCUGGAUAGACUAAAGAAGUAUCAUAAAAGUUAACGGAGAGCAUAGACUAUUCAGGAGUUCACUGGGUCAAAUGCAGUAAAUUGGGUGAGGUUAGUGCAUAUUAUGACCUUGAGUAAAUUAUGAUUAUGAGAAAAUGGUAUGCAACCUCUGGUUAGGCUAAUAUAGUAUCGUAAACUUUAGAGCAUAGAUUAAUCAAGAGUUACUCAAGAGUUUAGUGGGUCAAAUACAGUGGUUGAAGCAUUGGUUAGUGCACAUUAUGACCAUGAGAAAAUUCAGAUUAUGAGAAAGCGGUAUGCAACCCAGACCAAUAGGGUUCCGUAAUGUACUGUAUGUUGUCUGUUCCAGUGAGCGGGCGUAUAUUUCAGACCGCUCCUCUAUCGAGGCCCUCUACAGCGCCAAUGCAGUGGGACGCAUCCAGAGACAGCACAUCAGUGAGGAGCUCAGUCCACAGGAGGAUGUGGACGACACCAUGUCUCUACAGUCAGGUAGGAACACACACUGGAUAUGUUGGACAUUUUGGCUAUAGAUUUAAAAAUUUUACAUUUUAGUCAUUUAGCAGACGCUCUUAUCCAGAGCGACUUACAGUUAGUGAGUGCAUACAUUUUCAUACUGGCCCCCCGUGGGAAACGAACCCACAACCCUGGCGUUGCAAGCGCCAUGCUCUACCAACUGAGCUACAGGGGACCUAGAUCAUAUAGAUUGAUCUAUGUCCAACAUGAUCUUGUGUAAAUGUCGAUCUUUUCCUGACUUGUCUAUUGCAGCAUGCUGUGCGGCUCUGACUGAGCUUGUUUUGGAUGACAUCACUGCACAUCAGGUGGUUCAGGUAAGGGCACCUACCCACAAACAGAAACAGAGUGUUGGCUGCCAUUAGAAUGGUCAAUGAACUGGACAAUAUAUAGGACUGUGAUAUUGAUUCAGAAUUGUGUUAGUGGAAAGGACAUUUUGAAAUGCGUUCUCUUUGCUUCGUCAGGAGAAUGGAGUCUAUGUAAUAGCGAAAUUGAUUCUGCCACAAAGCUCUCGCAAUGGACCAAAAGCAAUAUCCCUACAGGUAUUACACAUGCAUUACAUAAUGGUGUAAUUACAAUUAUCAUGUCAUGUCUGUCCUUACACUACAAUGAUAGUAAUUAUGUUAUUGUUGAUGUUGACAGUGCUAUGCAUUUCGGACCCUGCGUUUCCUCUUCAGCAUGGAACGUAACCGACAUUUGUUUAAAAGGUGAUGACAUAAGACAUUGUUUCUUAAAGUCAAUGUACAUAUUCUUUCCUUUCAGAAAAUGUGUGAAAGUGAUUUUCUGUUUCAGGCUCUUUCCUACAGAUUUAUUUGAGCUGUUCAUUGAUGUUGGACAUUAUGUGAGAGACAUCACUGUCUAUGAAGCACUUCAAGCAAAAGUUUCUCUCUACACUGUGAGAACUAAUAUACUGUAAAAACGACUAUACUGUAACAUACAGGUAACUGACAAAAUAAAGGAAACACCAACAUAAAGUGUCUUAAUAGGGCGUUGGGCCACCACGAGCCAGAACAGCUUCAAUGCAUCUUGACAUAGAUUCUACAAGUGUCUGGAACUCUAUUGGAGGGAUGCAACAUCAUUCUUCCACAAUAAAUUCUAUAAUUUGGUGUUUUGUUGAUGGUGGUGGAAAACGCUGUCUCAGGCGCCGCUCCAGAAUCUCCCAGAAGGGUUCAAUUGGGUUGAGAUCUGGUGACUGAGACGACCAUGCAAUAUGGUUUACAUUGUUUUCAUGCUCAUCAAACCAUUCAGUGACCACUCGUACCCUGUGGAUGGGGGCAUUGUCAUCCUAUGGUGGCAUACCCAUAGUAGCCAAAAUAAUGGCCUGCCCAACAUUUUUAUACAUGACCUUAAAUAUGAUGGGAUGUUAAUUGCUUAAUUAACUCAGGAACGACAACUGUGUGGAAGCACCUGCUUUCAAUAUACUUUGUAUCCCUCAUUUACUCAAGUGUUUCCUUUAUUUGGGCAGUUAUCUGUACAUUCAAGAGCCCUCACCUGUCUCCUCUUACCUGUUAAAUACAUUUAGAUUGUAAAGUAAAGCCCCAUAUAAUCAUAAUAAUGAUUAAUUUACCAUUUUCAUUACCUAUGCUCUGCGGUCAUGCCUACCCCACUCAACUCAGUGAGGAUUGUUUACUGGCGUGUAUUGGCUUGCCUUUAGCAGGAGGAAUUGGACAGCCUGAGGGAGAGCAUUGAAGCUGUCGACCAGAACCGCCCUCCUCUGAGAGUGAUCAAUGGCUACUCCAUACUGGACCAUCUAGGCACUGGGGCCUUCGGCAGUGUGUUCAAGGUAGAGCCUCCCACUGAGCCGUUCAUCAGUGCCAACCUUAAUGUGCCUGUAAGAAUGGACACAUGACAACCAUUACAAUGUGGUUGUGAUUUAUGUGGCAUGUCUGAUUGUGCUUUGAUUUCAAUAACUCAUGGUCAUGAAUUGCAAUCACUAGAAUUUAGCUACCUCUACAUGCUUGAGUUUGAAUUUGUACAAUUUGGCAUGACUAUGGAGUGAUUUUAGUGCCAAAAGAAAUUGAAUCUGAAAUGUAUUUUGGCACAAAUAUCACUCCACACAUGUCAUUAACAUUCUUUAUGGUAUAUUUUCUGCCUGUUUGGUUUUGGUUGUUGUGUGGGGUUGUGCGGAGAGGUGAGGAAACAGAGUGGUCAGAACCUUCUGGCUCUGAAGGAAGUGAAUCUCCACAACCCUGCCUUUGGCAAAGAUAAGAAGUCCAGAGACAGCAACGUGGAGAAGAUAGUGUCUGAGCUCACCAUCAUUAAGGAACAGGUUAGCAUUGGUUUACUAUCGGCCAGAUACAGUAGCUCAUGUCUCACACGUAGCUGUUGUUUGUUGGUAUUCUACCAUGUGGUUAUAUACAGUGAGGGAAAAAAGUAUUUGUACCCCUGCUGAUUUUGUACGUUUGCCCACUGACAAAGAAAUGAUCAGUCUAUAAUUUUAAUGGUAGAUUUAUUUGAACAGUGAGAGACAGAAUAACAACAAAAAAAUCCAGAAAGACGCAUGUCAAAAAUGUUAUAAAUUGAUUUGCAUUUUAAUAAGGGAAAUAAGUAUUUGACCCCCUCUCAAUCAGAAAGAUUUCUGGCUCCCAGGUGUCUUUUAUACAGGUAACGAGCUGAGAUUAGGAGCACACUCUUAAAGGGAGUCCUCCAAUUUCUCAGCUUGUUACCUGUAUAAAAGACACCUGUCCAGAGAAGCAAUCAAUCAAUCAGAUUCCAAACUCUCCACCAUGGCCAAGACCAAAGAGCUCUCCAAGGAUGUCAGGGACAAGACUGUAGACCUACACAAGGCUGGAAUGGGCUACAAGACCAUUGCCAAGCAGCUUGGUGAGAAGGUGACAACAGUUGGUGCGAUUAUUCGCAAAUGGAAGAAACACAAAAUAACUGUCAAUCUCCCUCGGCCUGGGGCUCCAUGCAAGAUCUCACCUCGUGGAGUUGCAAUGAUCAUGAGAACGGUGAGGAAUCAGCCCAGAACUACAUGGGAGGAUCUUGUCAAUUAUCUCAAGGCAGCUGGGACCAUAGUCACCAAGAAAACAAUUGGUAACACACUACGCCAUGAAGGACUGAAAUCCUGCAGCGCCUGCAAGGUCCCCCUGCUCAAGAAAGCACAUAUACAUGCCCGUCUGAAGUUUGCCAAUGAACAUCUGAAUGAUUCAGAGAACUGGAAGUGUUGUGGUCAGAUGAGACCAAAAUGGAGCUAUUUGGCAUCAACUCAACUCGCCGUGUUUGGAGGAGGAGGAAUGCUGCCUAUGACCCCAAGAACACCAUCCCCACUGUCAAACAUGGAGGUGGAAACAUUAUGCUUUGGGGGUGUUUUUCUGCUAAGGGGACAGGACAACUUCACCGCAUCAAAGGGACGAUGGAUGGGGCCAUGUACCAUCAAAUCUUGGGUGAGAACCUCCUUCCCUCAGCCACGGCAUUGAAAUAGGUUGUGGAUGGGUAUUCCAGCAUGACAAUGACCCAAAACACAUGGCCAAGGCAACAAAGGAGUGGCUCAAGAAGAAGCACAUUAAGGUCCUGGAGUGGCCUAGCCAGUCUCCAGACCUUAAUCCCAUAGAAAAUCUGUGGAGGGAGCUGAAGGUUCGAGUUGCCAAAUGUCAGCCUCGAAACCUUUAAUGACUUGGAGAAGAUCUGCAAAGAGGAUUGGGACAAAAUCCCUCUGUCUCUCACUGUUCAAAUAAACCUACCAUUAAAAUUAUAGACUGAUCAUUUCUUUGUCAGUGGGCAAACGUACAAAAUCAGCAGGGGAUCAAAUACUUUUUUCCCUCACUGUACAGUAUUACCUACAACACACCAGUCAGUACAUAUUUUUGAAUGAUAAGCACUCAUGCUUUUUUCUCUGUUCCCUGAAGAUGACCCAUCCAAAUGUUGUGAAAUAUUACAAGACAUUCUUGGAAGGUAAGUAUCAGACACACACCACUAUUUUGAGUUAAGAUUAUUAAGAUAUCAGCUUUAUAAAUGGCUAUGAACACUGUUUUAGGUGACAGGCUGUACAUUGUCAUGGAGUUGAUAAAAGGAGUUCCCCUCUGGGACCAUUUCAACUCUCUGAAAGAGAAGGAGCAGCAAUUCACAGAGGAGCGACUUUGGAACAUAUUCAUCCAGGUAAGUAUCGGCCUCCAUUGCAUUGCACUGACAAGAAACCUACUGUGACUCUCUUGGAUAAUUACUAUGAAUGAAUCAAUCAAUGCUAUGAUGUUGUUUACUAAAGUGCAUAUCCUUGUUUUCUUUCUCCCGAUUAAAUUCCUCAGAUGUGUAUGGCUUUAAGGUACCUGCACAAGGAGAAGAGGAUCGUCCACCGAGACCUCACUCCUAAUAACGUCAUGCUGGGAAAGAGGGACAAAGUCUCUAUCAGUCAGUCAAUUACAGUUGUCCUUUUCAUGCUCUAUUUCUCUCUCCUCAUGUCAUCUCCUACUAAAACUAGAAGCGCACGUACUGUAAAUGUGAAUAAGUCAUAUUCUUCAGCAAACCACUUAUCAUUCAUUUUACUUACAUCAUGCCCUUUUGUCUGAAGGUAUAUGUGUCGGUAAAACAUUUGUCUUUGGUAACAUGUGACCUGAAUCCAUUUCAGCUGACUUUGGGCUGGCUAAACAGAAACAGGAGAACAGCAAGCUAACAUCAGUGGUUGGGACCAUACUGUACUCCUGGUGAGUUCUAAUAGUUACUCAAAAUCAGGGGAGAUUUCAGGGAGAUCUGUUCUGAUGAUGAAGUAGGUCAUCUCUAAGGUACGACUUCCUUUAGCAAUCAUUUGAAUGAUCUCUACAACUGCCCCUUUUUUGUGUGUCUGUGUGUGUGUGUGUGUGUGUGUGUGUGUGUAUUUGUGUAGUCCAGAGAUAGUGAAGAGUGAGCCGUAUGGGGAGAAGGCUGAUGUCUGGGCUAUAGGAUGUAUCCUCUACCAGAUGGCCACACUGAGGCCUCCAUUCUACAGCAGCAACAUGCUCUCCCUCGCCACCAAGGUAACACACACAAAUACACAUACACACACACUACUCACAUAGGUUAUCUGUGUAUCUAAGGCUAUUGUUGUUAAACUGGGUUUGUGUUGGUAGAUUGUGGAGGCAGUCUAUGAACCAGUGGAGGAAGGCCUUUUCUCAGAGAGAGUCACAGACAUGAUUAAAUGGUAAGAUGAUAAAGUGAAUUCAUUUAUUUUUCACUUAUAGAUCUUUGAUGUGGAUAGCAAAGGGCUCCCAUUGCAUUACACAAAUCAAUGAUGGACAGUGCUUGAUAAGAUGCUACAUUAUCUGAUUACUACCUAAAUAACUCCCAUAAUACCCCUCAGGUGCCUGACAACUGAUGCAGACUUGCGUCCAGACAUCGUGGAAGUCAGCUCCAAGAUCUCUGACAUCAUGAUGAGGUUCAUGGACAGCUUGUACACCUCCCAGAAUGCUUUGGAGAGGAGGGCGGAGCGAGACAGGAAGCGAGCACAGAAGUACUUCCUGGAGAGCCAUCGGGGCAAGGUCAGCUGCUGCCACUCAUCUAAAGACCAGGAGAAAACCACUAGUAGGACUGAUGAGUCCAUGGUACCAUACUUCUCUUUAGGCCACAGCUCAAACCAAAGCAAACAAAUGCACAGCCAAGGUAAAUCUUCCCUGGAUUGUAUGGCCAUAAUUCAUGUUUCUCAUAAAACAUUUGCUACCAUGUUGAUUAUGAUCUAUGUGUUUUAUAAGAUAAUGGCUCAGAUGAAGAUCUAGAUCCCUCUCAUACCAUCAUCUCCACUGCCUCGGGGUAUAAAGACGCUGGUGAGUACUUGAAUUCAAAAUGCUCACUUGAAUUUAGAUCUUUCAACUACUAGGAGUAUUUCCAAUUGUAAUGUUUGGAUUGGAAUCAGUUGAUAUCUGUAAUUGUUUAAAGGGCCGAUAAAGCGCAGCGUCAGUGCCUCUGUGGCAGAUGAAAAAAACAUAGCUGGGUGAGUCUGUAUACGAUCAUACUCUAAUAUAUUAUAUGCUGUUGAAUAUUACCCAUAUCAUAAUUUCAUCUGAAGAGGUACUGUUUGUGUGAUGACAACAGUUUGUCAGUCAGGUGAUAAAAUAAUCAUCUUGUUUUCCUUAGUGGUGAGUUUGCUGUUCCGAAGCCAAAACCUCGACCAGGUAAAUUGGGCCAUUUUGAAGGAUGUUCUUUUUUCCUCCUUCAACUCUUUGGUUAAGUGGGUUCAACUCAACUGAUAAACAUGUGGGUUUCAUAGCGUCAGCAGGAAUCUGUGUAUCUCAGAGGAAGGUUAGGCAGAUUGAUGACCCUGUCCAAAGACUCCUGGUACAACUGCAUAAGAUCAUUUACAUCACUCAGGUAAGUCUCUAUGUACUUUAGAUUUUCAUUUGAUUAAGAGUUCAGGUAAUAAUAAUGAGAACUAUGUACCAGUUGGUUGGUGUAUACAGUAUGUCUAGACAUUUGAGCCAUUAUAUUUUAAAUCGUACUGUUUUUAACAAUGUUAUGUUCAGCUUCCCCCAGCUCUUCAGCACAGUGUCAAACGGCGGGUGAUUGAGAGAUUCAAAAAAUCCCUGUUCCACUAUGGAAGCAGUCCCUACAAUCUCAAGGUGGAGCUUAACAAGGUAAGUACAAGACACCAGGAACUUACAACAACGUUAGUGCAGUCUGUCUCAACUAUCGAGUUGCACUGCGGUAGUUAGCGUGGCAUUGAAAGCCUAUAUACCAGUCUAUCUAAUGGCCGCAGGGACAGAUUGAUUACCAGGACGUGUACUCCGAGCAUGCGCUGACCAACUGGCAAGUGUCUUCACUGACAUUUUCAACAUUUCCCUGACUUAGUCUGUAAUACCAACAUGUUUCAUGCAGACCACCAUAGUCCCUGUGCCCAAGAACACUAAGAUAACCUGCCUAAAUGACUACCGACCCGUAGCACUCACGUCUGUAGCCAUGAAGUGCUUUGAAAGGCUGGUCAUGGCUCACAUCAACACCAUUAUCCCAGAAACCCUAGACCCACUCCAAUUUGCAUACCGCCCCAACAGAUCCACAGAUGAUGCAAUCUCUAUUGCACUCCACACUGCCCUUUCCCACCUGGCCAAGUGGAACACCUACGUGAGAAUGAUAUUCAUUGACUACAGCUCAGCGUUCAACACCAUAGUGCCCUCAAAGCUCAUCACUAAGCUAAGGAUCCUGGGACUAAACACCUCCUUCUGCAACUGGAUCCUGGACUUCCUGACGGGCUACCCCCAGGUGGUAAGGGUAGGUAACAACACAUCUGUAUACGAUCACGGGGCCCCACGGGGUGCGUGCUCAGUCCCCUCCUGUACUCCCUGUUCACCCAUGACUGCAUGGCCAGGCACGACUCCAACACCAUCAUUAAGUUUGCAGACGACACAACAGUGGUAGGCCUGAUCACCGACAACAGUGAGACAGCCUAUAGAGAGGAGGUCAGAGACCUGGCCGUGUGGUGCCAGGAAAACAACCUCUCCCUCAACGUGAUCAAGACAAAGGAGAUGAUUGUGGACUACAGGGAAAAAAAAGAGGACUGAGCACGCCCCCAUUCUCAUCGACAGGGCUGUAGUGGAACAGGUUGAGAGCUUCAAGUUCCUUGGUGUCCACAUCACCAACAAACUAUCAUGGUCCAAACACACCAAGACAGUCGUGAAGAGGGCACGACAAAGCCUAUUCCCCCUCAGGAGACUGAAAAGAUUUGGCAUGGGUCCUCAGAUCCUCAAAAAGUUAUACAGCUGCACCAUCGAGAGCAUCCUGACUGGUUGCAUCACCGCCUGGUAUGGCAACUGCUCGGCCUCUGACCGCAAGGCAAUACAGAGGGUAGUGCGUACGGCCCAAUACAUCACUGGGGCCAAGCUUCAUGCCAUCCAGGACCUCUAUACCAGGCGGUGUCAGAGGAAGGCCCUAAAAAUUGUCAAAGACUCCAGCCACCCUAGUCAUAGACUGUUCUCUCUGCUACCGCACGACAAGUGGUACCGGAGCGCCAAGUUUAGGUCCAAAAGGCUUCUUAACAGCUUCUACCCACAAGCCAUAAGACUCCUGAACAGCUAAUCAUGGCUACCCAGACUAUUUGCAUUGUCCCCCCCACCCCACCCCCUCCUUUACGCUGCUGCUACUCUGAAUAUUAUCUAUGCAUAGUCACUUUAACUCAACCCAUAUGUACAUAUUACCUCAAUUACCUUGAUUAACUGGUGCCCCCGCACAUUGACUCUGUACCGGUACCCCCUGUAUAUAGCCUCCCUACUGUUAUUUUAUUUUGCUGCUGCUUUUUAAUUAUUUUGUAUCUGUUUUUUACUUAACCAACAGUGCAGUUUUAAGAAAAAAAGUGUUAAGGGCUUGUAAGUAAGCAUUUCACUGUAAGGUCUACACCUGUUGUAUUCGGCGCAGGUGGCAAAUAACAUUUGAUUUGAUUUAAUGUGUUGAUCUCCAUUUUGUUUCUAGCUGCUCCAGGGGUCUCCAGAGCUAAUGGAGUCAGGCUAUGCUAACUCAGACUGGUGGUAUCUGGUCCAGUCUUUUGGAGGAGACCAUCUAGGUGCUGCGAAGCAAGGUAAACUAACCUCAAUGCUAGUGCAUACUGGUUAACAUAGCAAUCUAACAGAAUACUGAGCCAAGAGGCACAGCUACUUAAUAAGUGCUGUGUUCUCACAUUGUCUCCCAUGGGGGUCGCUAGAACUCUGCCUAGGUGUUUAGAUGCCUAAAAUUGUUCUGCUAACAAGUGCAACUUUGUGCUACAGGUGAUAUGGAAAAUGGGAAUCUCAAAGAGGGAAUCAGCUAUGAGCAGAUGCAGGUUAGUAUCUGGGAUAUGUUUUAAGGUAUAGAAAUAAAAGGCAGAUGCAUACAGUAAGAUAGCCUGUUGUAGUUGACAUAUUUGUGGACAUGUGGAUGUCUAUGCCUGGCUAAAAUUGAGAAACUGGUAAAGAAAUAUGAAUGCUAUAACAUCUUUCAUUUCAGGCCAUUAUAGAGGAGGUUCUGGAGGAGAAUGGAUACUACAACGCAAUGAGGAAUGACCAUGGUGCAACAGGGGCAAACAAGUGA